CCUUGUCAGCUCGGGAAUUCGAACUUGCAACUUUUCGGUUACGAGUCCAACGCCCUAACCACUAGGCUACCCUGCUGCCCCACAUUAAAGGUGCAUACUUGACUCUCGACAUAUAAGUAAACUACAAUUUCACCAUGUCUGGAAAAGUGGUGUUGACUUAUUUUAAUGGGAGGGGGAGAAUGGAGUCAAUUCGAUGGCUUUUAGCAGUUGUUGGAGUUGAGUUUGAGGAAGUGAAUAUAACAAAGCGCCAGGAAUAUGUAAAACUGUUGAGUGAUGGAGCACUCAUGUUUGAGCAGGUUCCCUUGGUGGAAAUGGAUGGAAUGAAGCUGGUUCAAACCAAGGCUAUCCUGAACUACAUAGCAGGGAAAUACAAUCUCUAUGGGAAAGACUUAAAAGAACGAGUCAUGAUUGACAUGUAUGCUGAGGGCGUGCAGGACUUGAUGCAAAUGAUGAUGGCGUUGCCCUUCAUGCCGCCUGACGCCAAGAAAACUAAACUGGAGGAGAUAGAGAGGAAAGCAACAAGCCGUUACCUCCCUGUGUUCGAGAAGGCGCUAAUUAGCUCCCAGUACCUGGUGGGUUAUCAGUUGAGCUGUGCUGAUGUCCAGCUACUUGAAACCACCUUGAUGUUGGAGGAGACAUUUCCAACAAUUCUUUCCAAAUUCCCUGUUGUUAAGGCUUUUCAAGGGAGGAUGAAAAGCCUACCAGCCAUUCACAAGUUCCUGCAGCCAGGCAGCAAGAGGAAGCCUCAAUCAGAUGACGUAUAUGUAAAGACUGUGUGUGAGGUGUUAGACUUCAAGCUCUGAUGCUCAUCUAAACAUCAAGUAAAAUUGACUUUUAAGAGUUGAAGCUAAUAUAAUACAUUAUCUAUACAUUAUUCCAUAUUGUCAUUCCAAAGUCAUAAUUUCUUGUAACAUGUUGUGGUGGAGAAAUUAUGACAUAAGCUUAUGAAUUGUUUAACCCUGGCAAUAUGAGUGUGGUGUAUUGGUUGGAAAACCUGUUUUAUAACUAAUUCCCUUUGUGCUCACAAGAAGAAGUUUUCGACAAUACCCAAGAGAGAACCUUGAUUUACUUGGGUGAACGCCCAGAAAUAGCCUCUGAGAACUUUAUCAGGAGCAGGUGUCUUGUUACACAUUCUCUUUUGUACCCAAAACUCCUCGUGCUGAGGAUGAAUCAUGUCUGUGUGAGUUGUGUGUAUCCUAGUAUAAAAGGUGCUUGAGCUUCUGACCGACCUGUACUGAGUGUGCAGAAUUUGUUGUAACCUUUCCACUGGCGUGACUCUUAUUAAAGUUAAUUUACUAAUUGACUUGAUGAGUCCUUGAUGGUAGUUUCUAUUACAAUUUGUAAGGACAAUUGUUUAACGAGCACAAGUAUUUUAGGUUUUCCAAUAUUGUGCACAUAAAGAAAAAGGCUGUUGAACAAACAAAAUAUCCGCUGUAAUUAAACCCUCCGUGUCUGUU